UCGAGGCAGAAAACGUCGAGUUCAUGCGGUAGCUUUACACAGACGCCUCCCAUCACGUCUUUUACGAAUUCUUUCCACGCUAUGCAGCAUUAAGUCCUGUUCCUGCUCGAUUUCAGAGCCGAACCGUUAAACCUUCACUGUACAGUUUGCUAACAUUGUCCUGUGUUAACACUACAACGGGUUUAAAACAGCCCCUCGCAUCUUUAGCAAGCGUUCUCUCCUAGCUUCACCAUUUUAUAACUCAUCUCUUCAACCGCGGGAUUUUCCCGUAAUUACAUGAUUAGACCAUCCCUUACCCGGAGGAGGCACCGACUUUGUCUUCCCGUCUUAAUUUGGGGACGUGGAACGGUGGCUUCUCUAAAGUUAAAGCAUGCGCUUACAAAGAACCGCGAGGUCACUUCAGCAGAAGAGUGAGGCUCGGCGGGCUCUCGGUACUCGCCAGGGCCACAGGCUCCUCGGUCGAGAGACUUUAGAUUAAGGACCGACAUCACGAGCACAUCAGCCUCGCCAGACACUUCGCGAAGUCUCGGUGCGAAUUACAGCCGGAGCCCUGACAAUACCGGGUGGUUUCCUAGAAACAUGAUUGUUUGUUGGACUUGAUCUCACAUCCUGGUGAGGAUUUCUUUACUGAUAAUGUCAAGUUCAGGUUAUCCUCCCAACCAAGGAGCAUUCAGCACAGAACAAAGUCGUUAUCCUCCCCAUUCUGUUCAAUAUACUUUCCCCAGCACCCGUCACCAGCAGGAGUUCGCAGUCCCUGAUUAUCGUUCUUCUCAUCUUGAAGUUAGUCAGGCAUCACAGCUUUUGCAGCAGCAACAGCAGCAACAGCAGCUUCGUAGACGACCUUCCUUGCUAUCAGAAUUUCACCCAGGUUCUGACAGGCCUCAAGAAAGGAGAACUGGAUAUGAACAGUUUCACCCAGGCCCAUCCCCAGUGGAUCAUGAUUCACUGGAAUCCAAGCGACCGCGUCUGGAGCAGGUUUCUGAUUCCCAUUUCCAACGUGUCAGUGCUGCGGUCUUACCUUUAGUGCAUACGUUGCCAGAAGGGUUGAGGUCUUCUGUAGAUGCUAAGAAGGAUCCAGCAUUUGGAGGCAAACAUGAAGCUCCAUCUUCUCCAAUCUCUGGGCAGCCAUGUGGAGAUGAUCAAAAUGCUUCACCUUCAAAACUUUCAAAGGAAGAGUUAAUACAGAGUAUGGAUCGUGUAGAUCGAGAAAUUGCAAAAGUAGAACAACAGAUCCUUAAACUGAAAAAGAAACAACAACAGCUUGAAGAAGAGGCAGCUAAACCCCCUGAGCCUGAGAAGCCUGUGUCCCCUCCUCCUGUGGAGCAGAAGCAUCGCAGUAUUGUCCAAAUUAUUUAUGAUGAAAAUCGGAAAAAAGCAGAAGAAGCUCAUAAAAUAUUUGAAGGCCUUGGCCCAAAAGUUGAACUGCCACUCUAUAACCAGCCGUCAGACACCAAGGUGUACCAUGAAAACAUCAAGACUGGAGUACCUGCAAGGCGCAUGAUGAAAAACCAGGUGAUGAGGAAAAAACUCAUUUUAUUUUUUAAAAGAAGAAAUCAUGCAAGAAAACAAAGGGAACAAAAAAUCUGCCAACGUUAUGAUCAGCUCAUGGAGGCAUGGGAGAAAAAAGUGGACAGAAUAGAAAAUAAUCCUCGGAGGAAAGCUAAAGAAAGCAAAACAAGGGAGUACUAUGAAAAGCAGUUUCCAGAAAUUCGAAAGCAAAGAGAACAGCAAGAAAGAUUUCAACGAGUUGGGCAGAGGGGAGCUGGUCUUUCAGCCACCAUUGCUAGGAGUGAGCAUGAAAUUUCUGAAAUUAUUGAUGGGCUUUCUGAGCAGGAGAAUAAUGAGAAACAAAUGCGGCAGCUCUCUGUGAUCCCACCUAUGAUGUUUGAUGCGGAACAGAGACGGGUCAAAUUCAUUAACAUGAAUGGACUUAUGGAAGAUCCCAUGAAGGUUUAUAAAGAUAGGCAGUUUAUGAAUGUUUGGACUGACCACGAGAAGGAAAUCUUUAAGGACAAGUUUAUCCAGCAUCCAAAAAACUUUGGACUGAUUGCAUCCUACUUGGAAAGGAAGAGUGUCCCUGAUUGUGUUUUAUAUUAUUAUUUAACCAAGAAAAAUGAGAAUUAUAAAGCCUUAGUGAGAAGGAAUUACGGAAAACGCCGAGGAAGAAACCAGCAGCAAAUUGCCCGGCCCUCACAAGAAGAAAAAGUAGAAGAAAAAGAAGAAGAUAAAGCAGAAAAAACAGAAAAAAAAGAAGAGGAAAAAAAAGAUGAAGAAGAUAAGGAUGAGAAGGAAGACUCUAAAGAAAACACCAAGGAAAAGGACAAGACAGAAGGUACAGUAGAAGAAACUGAGGAGAGAGAACAGGCUACACCACGGGGGCGAAAGACGGCCAAUAGUCAGGGCCGCCGAAAGGGCCGGAUAACCAGGUCCAUGACAAAUGAAGCUGCAGCGGCCAGUGCUGCAGCUGCCGCAGCCACUGAAGACCCCCCACCACCUUUGCCACCACCACCAGAACCUAUUUCUACGGAGCCUGUAGAAACCUCUCGAUGGACAGAAGAAGAAAUGGAAGUUGCUAAAAAAGGUUUAGUAGAACAUGGUCGUAACUGGGCAGCAAUUGCCAAAAUGGUGGGAACAAAGAGUGAAGCUCAAUGUAAAAAUUUCUACUUUAACUAUAAACGGCGGCACAAUCUUGACAACCUCUUGCAGCAGCAUAAGCAGAAAACAUCACGAAAGCCUCGUGAAGAGCGAGAUGUGUCUCAGUGUGAAAGUGUAGCUUCUACUGUUUCUGCUCAGGAGGAUGAAGAUAUUGAAGCCUCUAAUGAAGAAGAAAAUCCAGAAGACAGUGAAGGUGCUGAAAAUAGUUCUGAUACAGAAAGUGCUCCUUCUCCUUCACCAGUUGAAGCUGUCAAGCCCAGCGAAGAUAGCACUGAAAAUGCUACUUCUAGAGGAAAUACUGAACCUGUGGCCGAGCUGGUGUCUACCACUGAAAAUCCGCCCGGUGCAUCUCCCUCUUCAGCAGUUCCAACUACAAAACCAGCUGAAAAUGAAAGUGUGGAGACCCAGGCGAAUGACAGCAUCAGUGUUGAGACAGCAGAGCCGAUGGAUGUUGAACAUCAGGAAAGCGGUGCUGAAGUGACUUCGGUUCUUGAUCUCCCCACAACUACCAAAGCAGAAUCCGUAGAUGUUGAAAUGAGGGUGCCAGAAAACAACCCCUCUAAAGUGGAAGGUGAUACCAAAGAAAGAGACCUGGAGAGAGGUAGUGAGACUACAGAGCCUAGAGAUGAAGAUUUGGUUGUGACUCAACAAAUAAAUGUCCAAAGGACUGAACCCCAGUCAGACAAUGAUUCCAGUGCCACCUGCAGUGCUGAUGAAGAUGUGGAUGGAGAACCAGAGAGGCAGCGAAUGUUUCCUAUUGAGUCAAAGCCUUCAUUAUUAAACCCUACUGGAUCUAUACUGGUCUCAUCCCCAAUAAAACCAAAUCCAUUGGACCUGCCACAGCUUCAGCAUAGAGCAGCUGUUAUCCCACCAAUGGUUUCCUGCACCCCAUGUAAUAUACCAAUUGGAACCCCAGUGAGCGGCUAUGCCCUCUACCAACGACACAUUAAAGCAAUGCAUGAAUCAGCACUCCUGGAGGAACAGCGGCAGAGGCAAGAACAGAUAGAUUUGGAAUGUAGAAGUUCUACAAGUCCAUGUGGCGCUUCCAAGAGUCCAAACAGAGAGUGGGAAGGAAAAUCAGUCGCCUAUAUGCCUUAUGCUGAGGUCAGACGUGCUCUAGAACAGGAAGCACAGAUGCUCAAUACUGCAGCAAGGUCAGCAUCACCGUGUAGGCUCUCUCCAAGAGAAGUCAGUAAAGCCGCUCCACAGCCUGAUAUGAGUACAGCCCGCUAUAGUGUCCCGCCAGUCCUCCAGCCUGCUCCACAUCAAGUGAUAACUAAUCUCCCUGAAGGAGUUCGCCUUCCAACAACUCGACCAACUAGGCCACCUCCGCCUCUCAUCCCAUCAUCCAAAACCACAGUGGCUUCAGAAAAACCUUCUUUUAUACUCGGAGGCUCCAUCUCACAGGGAACACCUGGCACUUACUUGACUUCCCAUAAUCAGGCUUCCUAUGCUCAAGAAACAGCUAAGCCCUCAGUAGGCUCUAUCUCACUUGGACUCCCACGGCAGCAGGAAUCUGCCAAAUCAGCUACCGUGCCCUACAUUAAGCAGGAAGAAUUUUCACCCCGAAGCCAAAACUCACAACCUGAAGGUUUACUGGUCAGGGCCCAACAUGAAGGUGUGGUCAGAGGUACCACAGGUGCCAUUCAAGAAGGAAGUAUAACUCGGGGAACUCCAACCAGCAAAAUUUCAGUGGAUAGUAUCCCAUCCCUGAGGGGCUCUAUCACCCAGGGUACCCCAGCUCUGUCCCAGGCUGGCAUACCAACUGAGGCAUUGAUAAAGGGUUCUAUUUCAAGAAUUCCCAUUGAAGAAAGCAGCCCUGAGAAAGGCAGAGAGGAAGCUGCUUCCAAAGGCCAUGUUAUUUAUGAAGGCAAAAGUGGACAUAUCUUAUCAUAUGAUAAUAUAAAGAAUGCCCGAGAAGGGACAAGAAGUCCAAGAACAGCCCAUGAAAUCAGUUUGAAAAGAAGCUAUGAGUCAGUGGAAGGAAAUAUAAAGCAAGGAUUAUCAUUGAGAGAGUCCCCUGUAUCAGCACCAUUAGAGGGAUUAAUAUGCCGAGCAUUACCCAGGGGGAGCCCUCAUUCUGAUCUCAAAGAAAGGACUGUGCUGUCAGGUUCCAUAAUGCAGGGCACACCAAGAGCAACAACUGACAGCUUUGAAGAUGGCCUUAAGUAUCCCAAACAGAUUAAGAGGGAGAGUCCUCCAAUACGGGCAUUCGAAGGUGCCAUUACCAAAGGAAAACCUUACGAUGGCAUAACCACUAUCAAAGAGAUGGGGCGUUCCAUUCAUGAGAUUCCACGGCAAGAUAUUUUAACUCAGGAAAGUCGAAAAACUCCAGAAGUAGUCCAGAGUGCAAGGCCAAUAAUUGAGGGUUCCAUCUCCCAGGGUACACCGAUAAAGUUUGACAGCAACUCAGGUCAAUCUGCCAUCAAACACAAUGUCAAAUCCUUAAUCACUGGGCCUAGCAAACUACCCCGUGGAAUGCCUCCAUUGGAAAUUGUACCAGAGAACAUAAAAGUAGUUGAACGGGGAAAAUACGAGGAUGUCAAAGCAGGCGAGCCAAUGCGUUCCCGGCAUACAUCGGUGGUAAGCUCUGGCCCCUCCGUUCUUAGGUCAACACUUCAUGAAGCUCCCAAAGCACAGCUGAGCCCAGGGAUUUAUGAUGAUACUGGUGCACGGCGGACACCUGUGAGUUAUCCAAACACCAUGUCCAGAGGUUCACCAAUGAUGAGCAGAGCUUCUGAUGUUACCAUUUCCUCUAGCAAGUCCACCAAUCAUGAAAGAAAAUCAACACUAACCCCUACCCAAAGGGAGAGUAUACCAGCGAAGUCUCCAGUACCUGGGGUGGACCCUGUAGUAAGCCAUAGCCCUUUUGAUCCCCAUCACAGGGGAAGCACUGCAGGAGAGGUUUAUCGGAGCCAUCUUCCCACACAUUUGGACCCAGCCAUGCCGUUUCACAGGGCUCUGGAUCCUGCAGCUGCUGCUUACCUGUUUCAGAGACAGCUUUCACCAACUCCAGGUUACCCAAGUCAGUAUCAGCUUUAUGCAAUGGAGAACACAAGGCAGACAAUCCUAAAUGAUUACAUUACCUCUCAGCAAAUGCAGGUGAACUUGCGCCCAGAUGUGGCCAGAGGGCUCUCUCCACGGGAGCAGCAGCUGGGCCUCCCAUAUCCAGCAACAAGAGCAGGAAUCAUUGAUCUGACCAAUAUGCCUCCAGCAAUUUUAGUGCCUCAUCCAGGGGGAACAAGUACUCCUCCCAUGGACAGAAUCACUUAUAUUCCUGGUACACAGAUUGCUUUCCCGCCCAGGCCAUACAACUCUGCUUCUAUGUCUCCAGGACAUUCAACACACCUGGCAGCAGCUGCCAGUGCUGAAAGAGAACGUGAAAGGGAGCGGGAGCGGGAACGGGAACGGGAGAAGGAGCGGGAGAGGGAGCGGGAACGCAUUGCUGCAGCAUCCUCAGACCUCUACCUUCGGCCAGGCUCAGAACAACCCGGCAGACCUGGCAGUCAUGGUUAUGUUCGCUCCCCAUCCCCUUCAGUAAGAGCUCAGGAGACCAUAUUGCAGCAAAGACCCAGUGUUUUCCAGGGAACCAAUGGAACCAGUGUAAUCACCCCUUUGGAUCCAAGUGCUCAGCUACGUAUCAUGCCGUUGCCUGCUGGGGGCCCUUCAAUAAGUCAAGGCCUGCCAGCCUCCCGUUACAACACUGCUGCGGAUGCCCUGGCUGCUCUUGUGGAUGCUGCAGCUUCUGCCCCCCAGAUGGAUGUUUCCAAAACAAAAGAGAGUAAGCAUGAAGCUGCCAGGUUAGAAGAAAAUUUGAGAAGCAGGUCAGCAGCAGUUAGUGAACAACAGCAGCUAGAGCAGAAAACCAUGGAGGUGGACAAGAGAUCUGUUCAGUGUCUGUACACUUCUUCAGCCUUUCCAAGUGGCAAGCCCCAGCCUCAUUCUUCAGUAGUUUAUUCUGAGGCUGGGAAAGAUAAAGGGCCUCCUCCAAAAUCCAGAUAUGAGGAAGAGCUAAGGACCCGAGGGAAGACUACCAUUACAGCAGCUAACUUCAUAGACGUGAUCAUCACCCGGCAAAUUGCCUCGGACAAGGAUGCAAGGGAACGUGGCUCUCAAAGUUCAGACUCUUCUAGUAGCUUAUCUUCUCACCGGUAUGAAACAACUGGUGAUGCAAUUGAGGUGAUAAGCCCUGCCAGUUCACCUGCACCACCACCUCAGGAAAAACUACAGGCCUAUCAACCAGAAGUUAAAGCAAAUCAAGCAGAAAAUGAUGCCACCAGACAGUACGAAGGACCAUUGCAUCACUAUCGACCACAGCAGGAAUCGCCAUCUCCACAACAGCAGCUGCCUCCAUCAUCCCAGGCAGAGGGGGUGGGGCAAGUGCCCAGAACACAUCGACUCAUCACACUUGCUGAUCACAUCUGUCAAAUUAUCACACAAGAUUUUGCUAGAAAUCAAGUAUCCUCACAGCCUCCCCAGCAGCCUCCCACUUCUACAUUCCAGAAUUCACCAUCUGCUUUGGUGUCUACACCUGUGAGGAAUAAAACAUCAAAUCGUUAUAGCCCAGAAUCUCAGUCACAAACUGUCCACCAUCAAAGACCAGGUUCAAGAGUCUCUCCAGAAAAUCUUGUCGACAAAUCUAGGGGAAGGCCUGGAAAAUCCCCUGAGAGAAGUCACGUCUCCUCGGAGCCCUAUGAGCCCAUAUCCCCACCGCAGGUGCCAGCUGUGCAUGAGAAACAGGACAGCGUGCUGCUGCUGUCUCAGAGAGGAGCCGAAGCUGCAGAACAGAGGAAUGAUUCCCGCUCACCGGGGAGUAUAAGCUACUUGCCUUCAUUCUUCACCAAGCUUGAAAACACAUCACCCAUGGUUAAAUCAAAGAAGCAGGAGAUUUUUCGUAAGUUGAACUCCUCUGGUGGAGGUGACUCUGAUAUGGCAGCUGCCCAGCCAGGAACUGAGAUCUUUAAUCUGCCAGCAGUCACUACCUCGGGCUCAGUUAGCUCUAGAGGUCAUUCUUUUGCCGAUCCUGCCAGUAAUCUUGGUCUUGAAGACAUUAUCAGGAAGGCUCUCAUGGGAAACUUUGAUGACAAAGUUGAGGAUCAUGGAGUUGUCAUGUCCCAACCUGUGGGAGUAGUGCCUGGUGGUGCCAACACCUCAGUUGUGACCAGUAGUGAGACACGGAGAGAGGAAGGGGACCCAUCACCUCAUUCAGGAGUUUGCAAACCAAAGCUGAUCAGCAAAUCAAAUAGCAGGAAAUCUAAAUCUCCUAUCCCUGGGCAAGGCUACUUAGGAACUGAAAGGCCCUCUUCAGUCUCCUCUGUACAUUCUGAAGGGGAUUACCACAGGCAGACACCAGGAUGGGCCUGGGAAGAUAGGCCCUCUUCAACAGGCUCAACUCAAUUUCCUUAUAAUCCUCUGACUAUGCGGAUGCUCAGCAGUACACCACCAACACCAAUCGCAUGUGCCCCCUCUUCUGUGAACCCAGCAGCUCCUCACCAACAGAACAGGAUUUGGGAGCGAGAGCCUGCCCCAUUGCUCUCAGCACAAUACGAGACGCUGUCGGACAGUGAUGAUUGAACUGCACAGAACAGGGGUCUUGAUGGUGCCAGGGUACAGGGGUGGGAUUUCUAGUUAUUGGUGGUUUUAUUUUUAAUUGCAAGUCAAAAAACUUGUCUCCAUGACAUGUGCCCAGAGACUUUUCAGGAGAGCCUGGACCACGGAUGAAGAAAUGAUGGAAAUUUAUUUGGAGAGUCAAAUGGGGGUGGGGGUAGGGGGCUGCCUUUGACACAGGCAAUUCAGUGGAUUAUAAUAAUAGAGAAUGUAGAGUUUUUAAAAAGUGGACAAUUCCUGUUCUUAUAUCUGUUUGUAAAGAAAACCAUAAUGUCUUUAAAUCACUCUUCUGUAAAUAGAUUACUUUUUUUGCAGUGUUUCCCCUUGCUGUAGUAUCUGGUGUACUUAUGUUCAAAUCAGCACAUCAACUUUGGGGAUAAAUUUUUAAAGAUCUUUUCGUCUUUUUAACCCUUGCCUUCUAAACAACCUCACACAGCCCAGUUACAUAAUGUUGGCUGUCACGGGCAUUUGUACUUUUAUGCAAUUUUGUUUCUUCUCAAUUCAGCUUCCUGGUGAUGUUUAAGAUCUUGUGGAAAUGUUUAGAUUUUAACAUAGACCCUGUGAGCACUAUCUGUAAAUUAACAUAUUAGGGUCAAAGGUAGGAGAAACAAAUUCUGCCAUAUUGUAAAUUUCCAGUGCAGGCUUUACUUUUUUUUUAAUUAGUAGCACUGAAAAAAAUAUUACUGCAUGGGUAUGUUAUAGAUCGUUUCUAAAGUUUUAAAGGCUUAUUUGAGGCAUACCUCACUGUUAUGCACACUGGUAACUGAACCAUGCCCAAGUAUUCCUUUUCUCCUGCAUUUGAUGCAGCCCAACAAAGCUUUUGUUUUGAAAUAAAUUUGACUACCCUGUCCACAGCAACAAUAGGUUAUUUGUGACUUAAGACUCUUGGUGUCACAGGUUUCAAAGAAAAACGCAAUAUAUUAUAUUACUGGUUGAGUUAGGAUAUGUGUGUAUAGAAUUUUUAGUCUUUUAGAUUUGCUUUGUGCUGCAUCCUGCACUCUCAUGGUGAACACGUGGUCCUUUCUAUGCGCCAUUAUUCUGUGUGAGCAAGUUUAUGGGCUGUUUUUGUCUCACUGAAUCUCAAGGAGCAGGUAAUUUAAAACACAAUUUAAAAUAAUUAUGGUACAAAAGGAUCCGUUUAUCUUUAACAGUUGCUUGCUGAAUUUUUAGGGUCUUUCACACAUUAGCAUUGCCUUGAAGCACCCUUCCACAAUAUAUAAUUAAUGAUUUGGAGAGAAUGCCACUGAUGAUUAUCAAGGGGAGAAAUUAAUGUUUCUCAAAUGAUAAAAUUAGCAGCUCUAUGAUUAUCCAUUCCUUUGUAACAAGUAUUUCAUUUGUGUUUGAGACUCACACAUCACCCUGUAGCAUUGGCGUUUAACCCUAUUUUAUGGAUGAGGACACUGGCUCAAUACUUCGCCUGCCUCUGUCAGUUAUUAACUGUGAACUAUCAUCUUGUCUAAAGUUAAAGCCUUUAGUUGUGUUACUACUCCACUUUUCUACACUUAUGGUCCCUCCAAGUAAACUUUAAAUCAGGCUUAGGGGUCAGAGUCCUACUACUUGGAAAGUUGGUAUUAACUAAAUGUUCUACUUAAAAACUUUUCAGGUACUGGUGUAUUUUAGUUUGUUAAUAAUUUACAUCGUCAAAUGACCCAGGCGCAAUAACGGUAGUAUUUUUCUGUAACUUGGAGGGUCUUAAGCUACGUCAAGUUAUAACAGUUAAGACAGUGUCAGAUGAGAGCCUAACUUGUUGGUUUUGCAUUCCCAUGUAAGGAUCCCAAGGUGAACGGCUGUAAAUCAUUCACCCCAUCACAAUGUAUGUGUGUCUUCAUCUACCGUCACCUGGAGAAGAGGUUUGAGAAUAGAGAUGAAAUCCGCUAUCAUUUCCUAGCUCAGAAGAAUGGAAAGACAGAAUUCUCACAUGGCUUACCUAUGGAGAACAAUCAUCUGGGUGGGGUAGCUGUCCACCUUUCCAAGACUGAAAUGGCAGUCACAGCGCUGACAGUGAUGACUUGAAGUUGGCUGUAAAUCAAGGCAUAAUCCUCUUUGCAGGUUGAGACUGCAGUGUUCCGAAGGUACAUCGUUAUGCAUGAUGUUUUUAGUACAAAGAACUAAAUUAAGGUCUUCCUAACUAUUCACAGGAGUACUCUGACAGUCAAAUUUCCAGUGCAUAUUUAUGACAGGAAGUUUUAUGAUUCUUUGAGUAUGCUGAGUUUCUAUCAAUAUUUUUAAAACUAUCCACUUAAAACUAGUGACAUCAUUCAUAAAUUUACUUUUUAACAGUUCAGUUUGAAUUCAGAUGUGUAAAGGGGAUCAGUCCUCCUGCUUUGCUAUCUUGCUUUAAUUUAAAGACAGUGCAAAUGAACUUUAAUGAGAACACCCUCAUGAAGAGAGACUGCUUUCUGAAAACUAGUUUUUCUAUCACUGGGACCAUGAACUGAAUUAUUGUGAAGGAUCAAAAAUUCCUAAACCUGGAGUGAAAGAUCUAACUUUCAGUAGCUCCUGCAAUUGUGAAAAGGUGAAAACAUUCUCAAUGCAAAAGGUGAGUAAUUGACAAUUUUUUAAAAAGUAAAUUAAGACUGGGUUUGGGUUGCACUAAAUUUGAUUUAUAGCUUCAUUUUAAGUUAGACUUCAUUAAAGAAAUUAGCUUCAUGGUAAAUAGAUGAACUUAGACAAAGUAAUUUACAUCUGCAAUAUAUAAAAUUAUAGUUUUAGUCUAAUCAAUCCCUGAGCGUCUGGACCUUCAGGCUUAUUUCCAUUAACUUUUCUGUAAACUUUCUUUUUAUGAGAAACUCAAAACACUACGGAAUACAUACAAUGUUGUUAUAGUCUCUAGUUUAUUAUGAAAGGGUUCUUCCAGUAUGUACAUAUCAGUCCCACUUAACGUCCCCAAAGGUGUAUCAACAAUAACAGUGUUCCUUCACAGUAUCUGGAAAAGUUGUAAGACUGCUGAGGUAAGAACAUCCACUUAUGUGUCUUGUAUUUAUAUUCCUUGAGGCAGUGUAUUCAUUUAAAGUCACCUGACCAAGUAACUCCUCCCAUUUGUUCCUAACUUUACAGAUGAGGCUAUUGAGACCCAAACUCAAAAAGCAAGAACUAGGAUCCAGGUCAAUAAUUCUUCUGAACCAAGUACACAUCAGACUUACUAGAGAAGCACUAAAUAUACUUGUAGGGCCCUGCCCCUAAGUCAGAAGGUUUGGAGUUGAAUCUGGGUGCAUGAUUCUAUAAAGAGCUCCUCAGUUGACUGUUACUUUCCCUAGACUGCAAAGGAAGUUGAAUGCUCAGACAACUAGAGGUUAUUACAUCUCAGUUGUAUAUAACCAUAUAUGUACAAUAACAUACAGGUGACUUUUAAAUCAAAUGGGUGCUGUACUUGCAAGUGUGUAAUUUUCACUUAAAAUUUUAUGCUGGAGGCAAAGUAAGAUACCACUUUUCUUCCUUAUGCAUUAAAUCCCAAAGUGGGCUUCAUUAAAUAAUUAUAAGAAAAGUAACUCACCAUAAUCCCCCUUUGUCAUGAGACAGGUAGCUCUGGUCUUCCAGAUAUUGAAAAAAUAAGAGAAAAAAGGGUAGCAAAUCAGUGGACCAAAUCUCAUGGUAGAAACCUGGCUGAAUUACCACACACCCACUCCAGAGGAAAACUGGCUCAUCUUAAUCUAUAGAGAUCUAUAUAUCUUAGACCAGCACAAACAGCGUGGAAUCAUGUGUCACAAAUGAAAAGCAUCACUUGACAAAUUUGUCCUUAGAAGUCAAAAUCAGUUGGGAGUGGAAGUUGUCUUUCCUUUAAAAGUGGCAGUGUAUACAAUUUUUCCUUCACAUAUCUCAGGUGAAGAAACUAGAACAUUAAAGACAAAGGAUUUAAGCCAUUGAUUUGGGUGCCACUGACACUAGAAUAGCUAUUACUGGAACUACCCCUCAACAAAAAGGGAUUUACAGUUUGACAUAAUUAAGUUAAAGUACUUUUUCUUGACAGCUCAGCCAACUCUUCCCUGAUGUGCUGUAUAGAAACCUCAUCUCUUUUCAGCUCUGCUUGCUUCAGGGCUUCCUGGUAGAUCUCCUUUGCUUGUGCAUAUCGUUCUAAAAUAACCCAAAGAAAAGGAAGAAUAAGAAAAACGUAGGUUGUCAAAGUGGCUCUAAAGAGAAAGCACUAGUGAUGAUACAGCCGGUGCUGCCUUAUUCCAUCCCCACGUGACAGGCCAGCCCAAAGUAUAGAGCUCCAACCCAGGGAGUACCAUGGGAUUUCCUAACUGUGCUUUCUGACAGACCCAAGGGCCCCAUUCCAUUAGCCAAGUAUAUCUGAUAUUCUGUGUCUUACCAGCUUUAUGAGUGCACUGUGAGAGCAAGUUAAACUGUUCAAGUGAAAACAUUUAGAAAUGUAUAGCACAAGAAAAAAGGUACUAUCAUCA